AUGCCCCCGCCAGAGCUGUCUGCCCUCCGUCUCCACCGCCCCCCCUUCGCGACCCAGACCCCAGUCUCAGGGUGGCCGCCCCUUGCUACCGUCAAGCCGUGGCACACAGAGUACACCCUCGUCUUUGUCGUCGACAGAACGCACUCGAGGUUCCUCUUGGGCCAUAAGAAACGUGGCAUGGGCUGCGGCCUCUACAAUGGGUAUGGCGGAAAACCCGAAGCUAGAGAGACAAUGUUGGACUGUGCCAUCCGAGAGCUCCAGGCAUGUCGCGUGUCGAAUAACCAUAUCCGAUCUAACAUUAUUUUUCGCCAGGAAGAGUCCGGGCUAGUUACAAACAAGAAUGAUAUUCGCCUGAAAGGCCUCCUCCUUACAAGUCGCCCCACUUCAUCAGAUAACGCAGUCAAAUCUCUACUGCGCAUACACAUCUAUGAGUGUACGUCUUGGUCUGGAGAUCCAAUCGAGACCGAAGAGAUGGCUCCAGAGUGGUUCACUCAGGACAACUUGCCCCUCGAGAGGAUGUGGCCAGAAGCUCGGAAGUAUGUACCGGUCGUACUCGACUCCAUUCUUCACGGCGCUUCCAGCGAUCUCUUCCUUGCUCGAGUCGACUACGCGUAUCUCACCGCGGAAUCGGCACCCACUGCUCUUCCACCACUGCACGGCCAGAGUGUACUAUUAGCAAGAUGCUGA